AUGUCCGGCAAGGCAACCGCAAAGGCUGACCCCAACGCUUAUCGCAUUUUCGUGGGGGGGCUUCGCAAGACAACAACGGAGGACCGCAUCCAUGCGCACUUUGCCAGAUUCGGGGAGGUUCAGGCCGUGGAGAUAAAGCGUCAGCCCGAUGGCACUUCUCGAGGAUUCGCCUUUGUGAGGUUUGCGCAGCUUCACUCUGUGGAUCGGGCCAUCGAGGCCCAUGCUCAGCACAUGAUAGACAACAAAUGGGUGGACGUGAAACGGCAUGACAACGACGCUCAUUCCGCCGGACCCGCCUCUGCCUAUCGGGAUGACCGAGACCGGAAGAAGAAGCAGGGCACAGCAAAUGGCGAUGACGACGCCGGAGAUGACCGCAAGGCAGCACAGUCGAUGCUUGAGAAGUCGAUGAAGAAUGCGAUUGGACAGAUGGACGCAGAUGAGAAGAGCGACAAAGCCGAAGAGCCCGCGUCGGUGAUGGGCAUGAACCCUGCCAUGAUGAUGGGCAUGAUGAGUAUGCCCGGCUCUGAUGAACCCCAUGAUGAUGGCUUCGAUGAAUCCUAUGAUGGCCAUGAACAUGAUGGGCAUGCAGUCAAAGCCAGAGGGCCGGACCCGGUGGAAGCGGCCGAAGUGGCCAGUGCCAAGGUGGUGGGUGUGCAGCCGGCAACGGCAUGGCAAACUCGGGAAGUAUUCAAACCGGGGGAAUGUGUGGGCAAGGUGUCGGUGGGUGCGGGGGCUGUGGUGGCUUUAGCGGUGGCUGCGGUGGUUGCGGUGGCUGCGGGGGCUGCGGUGGUUGCGGGGGCUGCGGGGGCUGCGGGGGCUGCGGGGGCUGCGGGGGCUGCGGUGGCUGCGGUGGCUGCGGUGGCUGUGGUGGCUGCGGAGGCUGCGGUGGCUGCGGUGGCUGCGGGUGCGGCGUCUGCGGCGGCUGCUGUGGCUGCGGGGGCUGUGGUGGUUGCGCUGGUUGUGCUGCUUGCGGUGGCUGUGCUGGUAGUCCCGGAAGUGGAUGCGCCGGUGGUGGAGCCUGUGGGCAGUCAGCGAAUCUUGCCCCUUGCACUGGAUGUGCUGGUGGUGCUGGCAGUGCCAUCCCUGCUAGCGGUUGUGGAUGCUGUGGUAUCCCUGGCUCCGAGAGCGGCCCGCUCCCAGCCAAGAUUGGAACCCGGCCGGCACCAUACUGAAGCCACGGCAACGGAGGAGACGCCUGAGACCCGUCUUGGCAUGUCUUGGCUCGUGAAGACCGAGGUCUUGGUCAAGUUGGUCCAAGUGGGGAGAAUAUGGCAUCGGAAUCCUCGGAUCCCCAGAUGA